CUCAGUCACGAAUACGUCGCGCUUCUGAGCCUUUGCAAGAGGCAUACUGGAACCUCCUUCGUAAUUCUCGCGUGUACAGACAUCACUUUGUGCAGUUCUACGCUCGCUUUUGCUAAUCGAUUCCGUAGUCGCGGCACGUGAAAGACACACGAGUAAAAUAGAGUCAGUCGCGAUACACGAGGUGUAAGGAAAAAUGUCCACGGCUCUUCUUGCCGUGUUUGCCGUAAUCCUAUGCAUCCUGUUCAGGAUAUUGAACGUAAACAGUGCACCGCAGAAACCGUUGCUCGUCUGUCAGGAUCAAAACUUUCUUGCGACGAUACUUAAGAUUGCACCGGUCAUCCUAGAACCAUACAAACCAACAAGGUUGUGGGGUUUCAGUGGGCACGUACAGACCAUCAUUCAUAGCAUUAUUGGGCGCGUCCGUUGCCCUUGGCCGAUCGGGGAACGAGUAUACAUCGGACUUCCGGAUAAUACUACUCUCACCUACGAUCUUUAUCAACCACUAUCGAAUGAUUACGAAGAUGAUGUCACGAUCGCCAUUUGCCCCGGGAUCUGCAACAGUUCUGAAAGCGUCUACAUCAGAACUUUUGUGCACUUCGUGCAAUGCCAUGGGUACCGAUGCGCUGUACUCAAUCAUCUCGGCGUUCUCUCUAGCGUGAAAGUCACUGCGCCACGAAUAUUUACUUACGGGCACACAGAGGACUACAACGUUAUGCUACAGAGCCUGAUAGAGAAACACCCCAAUACAAAAAUAGUUUGCAUCGGAUUCAGCUUGGGCGGUAAUCUGGUGACCAAGUAUUUGGGAGAACGAGGCUCGAACAAAUUGCCCAAUAUUAUCGGCGGGAUAUCGAUUUGUCAAGGAUACAAUGCACUCGAAGGUACGAAGUUUCUACUUAACUGGCAAAAUUUCCGACGUUUCUAUCUCUACAUAAUGUCGGAGUCGGUGAAGAAUAUUAUCCUUAAGCAUAAGAACAUGUUACUAUGCGAGAAAGUUAAGCAAAGGUAUAAUUUAAACGAGAGAGACAUCAUUUCCGCAGCUACGUUGCCAGAACUUGACGAAGCGUACACGAGAAAGGUUCACAACUUCAGAUCUGUGAAGGAGAUGUACAAAUGGAGUAGCUCUCUGUUUUAUCUUGAAAACAUUACGACACCUAUGGUGUUCAUGAAUGCUCUGGAUGACCCUAUUGUACCUGAAAUGUUGUUGGAACCCAUCAAGGAUCAUGCCCUGAAACACCCCAACACGUUGUACAUACAACUAGCUCAUGGUGGUCAUUUGGGAUUCUACGAAGGUGGUCUUCUCUACCCAAACCCAAUUACAUGGUUAGACCGUACGUUGGUGUCCCUCGUAGGGUCACUCACAUUAGUACAUGCGGAUAAAUCCCUAAAAGCUUCUUAACCUAAUUCAGUAUCAUUUGUCGCGAUCGUCUUCUAAGUAAACCCAUCAAGCCGUAAACUGACGCAGCUUAUACUCGUGUUCGAUCUUGCUUCGAGUCUCAAUCGAAGAACUGGUUAAACGUGAAACAUCGAGUAUAAUACGGUCUCAAGGUUUGCGAGAUGUUAUUUUUUGUAAUCGCGCGAUGCAAGUGACGAAGUUCAGUUCAAAGACAAACAAUGUAUGGAUAUUGUAUCUCUGAAGCUCAUUUUAAGAAGUUUAUUGUUCCAAUCAUAAUGAAUUUUUAUGAAUUUUAUCCACGAAUUUUCUAGAACGCUAGCACAAUAUUCUAGAUAGCGAUUAAUUUUUCAUCGGUUCGUACUCAGGGAUCUACGACAGGGCCAUUUGAUAAGAAAAUGUUAAUAAAAAUCAUACGGUACAAAUGAUCGUUUGUUAGGAGUGUUCGAACGGGACUAUCAUCGCAUCAGGCGGAUUAAUAAAAAGUUCAAUGGCUAAAAUAGAAACCCCAGUAGCAACAGACUAAGUUUUCAAGGCCCAUGAAAAGCGGUAAAUCGAUUUUUUAUAAACUUGAAAAAAUUACAAGUCUUACUAUAUUUGAUAAAGACUAUUAUCUUGGCUAUGGAAUUUCUUGAAUCAGUAAAAUAUAUAUUUUAUGUAAAAAGUAGUUGGUAUUAUUCUGCGUGAAUAAUGCAAGAAUAUACGUCAAAUACGUGAAAGAUUUGACAGAAGCCGAUACAAUCGGCUUCGUUCGUUCCAGAAAAGUUAUGUUUACAUAUCCUGUGUUCAAUGAUAUGGAACAGACGCUAAUUUAUAUCUAACGUAUUAUACCGACAAAAUAUCAACUUUGUUAAUACGGAAAAUAUGUUAAAAAAUAUAUUUUUUCUAUGUGUAUCCUUAGUGAAUAGUAGUUCAAUUAUCUGAUAAGAUGUUUGUAAUUUUUUCAGUUGUUAGUUUCUACAAAGCAUCGAUUCGGUAUAUUUUCCUGUUAACGAAGUUCAUACGACAAAUGUGAUGUCUAACAGUUUCUACGCGGAGCAAUGUAUUUAUUAUCGAAAGGAAAGUAUUCUGUACUGAAUACUGAACUUCAAUAUUUCAUUCUCUGUUACUUUUUUUAAUUGACUUAGGAUGUGUUACAUUGCGGUAUGCAAAACAUACACGAUAAAUGAGUGAAGUAAAUUAGUUACGUAAGCGUAGACUGGAAAAAUGUUGAUACUUUGGAAAGUAAGAACCAAGACUUUUUCGUACAGAAAAUCAUGGUCCAAUUAUUAUACUAUUAAGCAAACAAAAAAACAUUUCAAUCUUGCAAAUGAACUUAAACUUUGAUAUUAAAAUGAAGGCAAUGCGAUAUCAAAAAUAAACAGAAAUGGUUUAAUAUUCUUUAACUUUCUAUAAAUAUCAUUCAUGGUUCGCAUGAUCAUAAAAUAACAUAAGACAAUAAUAUCAAAGACAGACCUUUGCGCAGCAAGAAGUUAAGUACACAAUUACUUAAGUAUGUUAUAAAUAAUUUCUAAUUUAAAUUAUUUAUUCAUAGCGUUAAUCCAAUGGGUGCAACUAAUAAAUGUUAAGUCUUUAAAAUUCUACUAUCAAUAUAUUUUCAAUUUUGUUAUUGUGAA